AAACGAAAAAGGCCGCUGGGCUGCGGCCGAGUUUGACGGUGCGGCCGGCUUGCUUAAGAGGCGCGGGAGCGCGCCGGGUCACAUCUAAUUACACAGUGGCGCAGGAGCACCGGGGGAGGGAAUACGAAACUCGGAGCCGUCCCUGCUCUCUGAGGCGCCGUGGCAAAGGGACGCAAACCGGCGAAGGAGACGGUGCCAUGGCAGGCGCGCAAGUGCACAUGUGCCAGGCCCUCCUUCCCGCUCACACGAACCACCUCGGGGAACUCAGCCCCGGCCAACUUCUCAAGUGGAUCGAUACCACGGCGUGCCUGGCUGCUGAAAAACAUGCUGGCAUUCCCUGUGUAACAGCAUCAGUGGACGACAUACAGUUUGAAGAGACUGCCAGAGUUGGGCAGAUUAUCAGCAUUGCAGCAAAGGUAAACAGGGCAUUCACUACCAGUAUGGAGGUUGGUGUCAGAGUUACAUUACAGGAUCCCUUUACUAAUGUUCAAAAACUAAUUUGUGUGGCUUUCUCUACAUAUGUUGCAAGACCAGUAGGAGAUGAGAAGAUUAACAUAAAACCAGUCAAGCUUCUCACUAUACAAGAUUUCAUAGAGCAUGCCCUGGCUGCUGAGAGAAGAAAAAUUCGCCUGGAUCAUGAACGUGUAUUUAAUAAUCUAAUGGAUGAAUGUGGCAUGGAUAAUGACCAUGUUUGCAGUAAAGAGGAAGAUGUGGUUUACACUGACUGCACUCAUGUGCAGAGCAUUGAACUUGUCCUGCCUCCUCAUGCCAAUCAUCAAGGAAAUACAUUUGGUGGUCAAAUUAUGGCUUGGAUGGAAACUGUGGCUACUAUUGCAGCAAGUCGCUUGUGUCAUCUUCAUCCAACUCUGAAAUCUGUACAUAUGUUUAAAUUCCGAGGAUCUUCAACUGUAGGUGACCGCCUUGUAUUCAAUGCUAUAGUGAACAAUACUUUUCAGAAAAGUAUUGAGGUUGGAGUUCGGGUUGAAGCAUACAACUGUGAGGAAUGGGCCAAAGGUCAAGCACGCCAUAUUAACAGUGCCUUUCUUAUUUUCAAAGCUAUAAAUAAACAUGGAGAUGUUCUUAUUCCCAGAGUGAGUUCUAUGACUAAGGAUGGCCUAAGAAGGUACCAUGGAGCUAUUGCACGUAAGAAAAUUAGAUUAUUCAGGAGAUAUGCUCUCUUAAAGAAAGAAAACAAUUUCAUACCUGAUUUCUGGGACACUAACAACCAGAUACCAUUUACUUCACUCAUAAUCAAAAGCAAUGUUAUAGCAUUGACUUUCUUGGCAGCAAAGCCUGGAUGGGAGAUAUGUAUGACUCUAGAUCGUACAAAAAUGUACACUCUGGAAGAAGAAAAUGCUUUGUCGAUCAAGGUUGAAAUGCAAAUACAGAUACCUUCAAAACUGGCAUUCUUCCUUUUAUCUAACUUCUCACUCUAUAAGCACUGGACUAAAUACUGCUUAAAUUGUAGAGUCAGGGAGUAUGUGACUGAAGAGGACAAAAUAUACCACAUUACAUCCUCAGCAUCAGCUAAUGGAAAUAAACCCAAAGAUUUUUUAAUUCUUGUGUCUCGAAGGGAACCUUCUAUAACUGGAGGUCCUUACAUAAUAGCUGUGAAGUCAGUUGCUUUGACAGCUGUUCCACCUGCCAACCAAAACUACCACCAAAGUGAAAUCCAGUGUGCAGGAUUCUUUAUCUACACCCAUGAGGAUUCCUCUUUGGUUUCUCUCUUCAUCCAUGAUGCACAUAAUAUCAUGCCUUACUUUGCUGAACAUCCUAAUUGUCUAUGGAAAUCAAUUGAAGAUAUAGCAUCGAUGUGUAUCCAGUGCUUAGAAUCAGAGAGCAGCAAGAUCAGCUACAUUUAAUUAACAACACUGUACUUGAAAAUGACAAAAAUCAUUGAAACCUUUGUGGAUAAAUGUUCAAUCUAAGAAAUCAAUUGCCAUCUACUUACUUUGAAAUCAUCACUAUGACAAUUGCCAUAUCAUCCAAGACUACAUUGAAUGCUGGAGCAUCUAAUCACCUUCAAAAUUUUACAACAGUCUUCUGAAUGAUCAAAAAAGCUUGUAAAUGCAAUCAGUAAUUAAUAUUACUACAUUUCAAAUAUUAUUUCAGAUGCAAAUGUUUAUUUUUAAAUGAGCUUAAGUACAUUAUCUAUUUAUUAUAACAUGUAUGUAUUAGAGAGAACACAGAGAGGACCAUAUAUAUUUCACAAUCUUGCAACUAUUUCUGUGAAAGGCAUUUUGGCACAAAUUUCUGUAUAAUGAAUCAGGCAACUUAAAAAAAAAUAUUAGCUAUUAACAAACAUGACUGCUAAAUAUAAAUUAUUUUAAAUUAUAGUAUCUGAUCAAUAGGAUAAGAACGUUUCUUUAAACAGGCUGCUCUGCACAGUAUGAACAGAGGCACAUGAAAUUAUGGCAAUUCAUUGAUAUAUCUGAAUCUGCAGUUAUGGAGGUCUUAAGCAAAUAUUUUCUUGAGAUAGGGAAAACCUGUGCUAGUAAUUAAAUCUAUUUCCCCACAUCUGCAGUGACAAAAAUGGAGGGUAUGUCCACUUACAGGCAUGUUUAAAUAACUGGUAUAGUCUAGUUUUCCCCUUGAAUUGUGCUAUUCUGUUCUUCUUUUAUUCCACAGUAGGAAUAUAACAAAAGAGAACAUUAUAUAUAAUAAAAAGUAACAGAUCCA